UCUCCUCUUCCUCCAAUAUCGACUUCCUCUUCUUUCAUCUUCAUCUUUGCACUCGCAUUUUUCUCAUCAAUGGCAAGCUUAGAGGUGUCCAAGGAGGUGAAGUUCAAAGCAGGAGAAGAAGCAUGCACUCUUGAUGGAACAGUGGAUUGCCGUGGCAACCCUGCAAUCCGAUCAAGGAGUGGAAAAUGGUUUGCAGGAAUCAUCAUACUCUUUAAUCAAGGUCUGGCAACUCUAGCAUUCUUCGGAGUUGGGGUGAACUUGGUGCUGUUCCUGACCAGGGUCUUACAACAAAACAAUGCUGAUGCUGCUAACAAUGUCAGCAAAUGGACUGGGACUGUCUACAUUUUCUCUCUUGUUGGGGCAUUCCUUAGUGAUUCUUACUGGGGAAGAUACAAAACUUGUGCAAUCUUUCAGGUCAUCUUUGUCAUAGGUUUGGUGUCAUUAUCUCUGUCAUCAUACAUUUUCUUGGUCAAACCUGAAGGCUGUGGAAAUGAAGACUCUCCAUGUCCGUCCCAUUCAAGCUUGGAGAUAGGGUUAUUUUACCUAUCUAUCUACUUGGUUGCCCUAGGAAAUGGAGGGUAUCAACCUAAUAUUGCUACACUUGGGGCUGAUCAGUUUGAUGAGGAAGACCCCAAGGAGGGACACUCAAAAGUGGCCUUUUUCAGCUACUUCUACCUAGCAUUGAACCUGGGUUCCCUAUUCUCAAACACCAUAUUGAGUUACUUAGAGGAUGAAGGGAUGUGGGCUCUGGGGUUCUGGGUGUCUGCAGGCUCUGCCUUUCUAGCACUGAUUCUCUUUCUGGGUGGAACCCCAAGGUACAGACACUUCAAGCCCAGUGGCAACCCUCUCUCCAGGUUUUGCCAAGUGAUGGUUGCCGCAAUGAGGAAAUUCAGGGUCGAGAUGCCCCCAAGUGCAGAAGACCUAUACGAAGGAGAUAGAAAGGAGUGCUCCAACAACAGCAUCAGAAGGAUACUCCACACAGAUGGAUUCAAGUUCUUGGAUCGAGCUGCAUUUAUCUCAUCUAAGGAUUCCGACAACCAGGAGCAGGGCUUUCACAACCAGUGGCGACUCUGCCCCAUCACACAAGUUGAAGAAGUGAAAUGCAUACUGAGACUAAUCCCAAUAUGGCUGUGCACCAUAAUCUACUCAGUGGUCUUUACCCAGAUGGCCUCACUCUUUGUGGAGCAGGGUGCUGCCAUGAAAACUACGGUCUCAAACUUCCGAAUCCCUCCUGCAAGCAUGUCUAGCUUUGACAUCCUGAGCGUGGCAGCUUUCAUCUUUCUCUACAGGAGAGUUCUUGAUCCACUGGUGGGCAGAAUUAGAAAGACAGACACUAAAGGGCUUACUGAGCUACAAAGAAUGGGAAUUGGACUGAUUAUAGCUAUAAUAGCAAUGAUCGCAGCUGGAAUUGUGGAGUGCUACAGACUGAAGUAUGCCCAAAAAGACUGCACAAACUGUGAAGGGUCGAGCUCCUUGAGCAUCUUUUGGCAAGUCCCACAGUAUGCAUUCAUAGGAGCUUCGGAAGUGUUCAUGUAUGUGGGGCAGCUGGAGUUCUUCAACGCGCAGACACCCGAUGGGCUAAAGAGCUUUGGAAGUGCUCUGUGCAUGACAUCAAUCUCACUGGGGAACUAUGUGAGUAGCCUGCUUGUGACAAUGGUGAUGAAGAUCUCAACCGAAGAUCACAUGCCUGGAUGGAUCCCCGGAAAUCUGAACAAGGGUCACCUGGACUGGUUUUACUUCCUCCUAGCCACCUUGACAGCAUUAGAUUUGGUGGUGUAUGUAGCAUGUGCAAAGUGGUACAAAUGUAUCAAGAUGGAAGACAGAGCAAAUGAGUAUGGAGUCUGAUGUAAAUGAUACAGAAAGGCUCAUGUUAUGGCAUUAUAUGGUACCAGAAUAUAUAAAUAAGAGGAGGAGAUGGGGUUGCAACAGAUGCUGUGUACAGGCUCUCUGUUUUAAGAAAAGGUGCUGUUAAGAGUGAGCCCCUUCAGUUCUUCUUCUGGCUGCUGCAUUUUGUUAGAGUUAGCUUGCCCAGAAGUGGGUCUGAAGAUGGGUUACCACUUCUGAUUUUAGGGCUUUCAGAUCUUCCCAUCUCAUCUCCAUUUGUUGGUUCUAUUUCUACUAAAUUUGGUCCAAAUGUGAAAGAGUUGGUUCUCUUUGCUUCUCCUAUUGUACCUUAAAUCACAAUUCUGUAUAUGAGAGCUGCUCUCAAUAAAACAAUCCAGUUCCUCUAAACUUCGUUUUGCUACUUGGCA